AUGGAUCCAUUCAAAAUCCUCGGGGUUGAUAAACUAGAGGAUCUCUACACCAUCACAUCCGAAAGUCCCCAAAAGGAUUUCCCUAUCCUUAAGUUGCCCCGUGAAAUCCAACUGGCCAUCUUCGAAAACUGUCCUCCCAAAACCCUAAAAUCCAUCCGUCUAGCACACCCGCACCUCAAAGACCCCGCCGCCGCCGUCCUAUUCCGCAAAUGGACCCUUUCCCUCUCUCUAUACACAAAACCUCAACCGAUUAAUCGAUACCACUUCGCUUCCGGAGGUGGUCAUAGAUGGCUUGACAAAAGAGAAAUAUCCAGAAGAUGGGAAACUACCCUCCCACCCGCAGAAUCACAACUAAAAGCCAUUCAAAACGCAUAUUACAACGGAUCGAAUGAUGAACUACAAAUGUUAUUCGAUAAUGUGCAGGAAAUUGAAAUCGUCAAGUAUGAUGUAUACGAAGGGUAUCCUGAUAACAACGCCAUGGCGAUGACGUGGCCCCGCUAUGCGCCUUGGGGGGUUGAGGUCCUAAAGGGAUUUUUGGAGAAGAUGAAGAAGUUGAGGUCUAUCGAUUGGCAAAUGCCGGCUCAUAAUCUAGAUGUUACUAUGACGUCCCCUUCUUUAAGAGAGAAUGUAACCCAUCUAUCAUGGACACGAGUUCCUGAUUUUGAGUUCAUCGGGAAAUCACCAGAAAGAUCGUUAGCUGGGUUUGCAUAUUUAUACAAUGUCACACAUCUGGACUUCAAACUCGCGAAUAUAGUGGACUUAAACGGCUUCCACUACUUCCCCAAUCUCAAGAAUCUCACGCUGGAAUGUACGGUGAAAACAUACAACAUCGUCACAUUCCUAAACGGUCAAGCAGCACCAUUCAAACUCCGGUCUCUAACCCUCAAAAACGAUACCCGCGGUAUUACCUUCCCUGACGAGAUCUUUCAAAAAUACCUAUCAAAUCUACAAACCCUGAAUAUGAUCACACCGGAAGUCGAAAUCGAGCAGACGAAAAAUAACUUGGCGUUUAGUCGUAACCCCUUCGACGGGAAUGCGAAGUCCAUCUGGACGCAUUUCAUGGAAAAUGGAAUAUAUCUUUCUAAUAUCAAUACUUUCGGUCAAUCACGGGAUUUGAUUAAAUACCUGUUAUCAUACCCACAACCGAGACAUGCGCUUAAAUCCUUCGAAAUCAGGGUUUGGCCGUAUAUAACAAAUAACCUAGAUGAUCCCCGAAACUUCGUGCAUACUCUUUGGCAUCAAGUUAUCCCGUUCCACAGAAGGACAUUGAAAAGAAUAGCAAUAUACCCAGAAGCUAGAUCUGUUGUCCGAGGGGGGAACUACCACGGAGCAAUAAGCUGGCAGGGACAGGAAGCCCUAGGGAAGGAAUUGAGUAACUUCCCAACACCGCAUACAGGGUUAUUUACGCUUAACGAUGACAUCAAAACAGUUCUUAAGAGUUGUGAAAAACUUGAGGCAUUGGAGAUGGGGAGUUUGAAUUGGAAUGGCGCUGCUGAGUUUUUACGGUUUGUAUUAUUUCAGUUGCCGAGGAGGGUUAGGAAUGUUGGAUUUUAUAUGGAUGGGUGGAGUAGGAAGACUGUGGGGUGGGAUUAUGUUGGUUCUUCGGGAGCGCAUUAUGCAAGGGAGUUUGCGGAUAAUAGACACCCGUUGAUUGAAGAAGUUUGGGAUUAUAAAGAAGAAUGGGGGGUUCAUGAGGACGUACUGGACGAUUGGACGUGGAAAAGACUUAAUAUUAAGUUUGUACCGAUAUGUCAACGGAAGAAGUUGUGGUUUGUAGGCGGUGGUGGGAAGUCAUGGAAACUUAUGGAUUCGGAGUUGGAGAAGGAGAUUUGUAAUAUGAAGAAUGAGACGCAGAGGGGUUGGAGGUCGGUUGAUGAUGUUCUUGGGGGUGAGGAGGAUUUGGGGUAUGAUGUUGAGGCGAUAUUUCGGGAUGCUGUGUGGGGGAAUAGGUAUGAUCCGGCUUGGGAGACUGAGAAACAGGAAGCUGUUUUUGCGAGGUUUCGACGGGCGGCGGAGAAUGUGAGACGGGCUCGGGAGGCUAGUGCUUCGCAGCGGCAGUAA